AUGCGCCUUUUUUUAUUCUCAAUUGUCACAAUAUGUAUUGCAGGUAGCAGAACUCAAGAAAUUGCCAUUGGUACUGAAUAUUUACGAGCUAAUUCCAAUGAUUCCCUUCCAUCUGAAUCAGGAAUUAAUGCACAAGAUCAAGAACCCUUACCAACUCUAGUUGUUACUGACGAUGCAACAAUAACAAAUGAUACAUUGAAGGAUCAUGAUCAUGAUCAUGAUCAUCACCAUCACCAUCAUCAUGAUCAUGAUCAUAGUUCAUACCGUCACGAUGAUCAUCAUAAAAAAUAUGAUCAUGAACAUCACUCUCAUCAUGCACAUGAUACAACAAUUACUGUUGAUCUUCAUAAUAUUUUCGAUUUAAUCAAACAACAAUUACAUGAAACCGAAGAACAUAUUAUUGCUUCUAUUAAACAAAGUCAAUCUGCAAGUUCAGUACCAGUCGAAAAAUCCUAUCGUACAGCUGAUCGUUAA